AGUUUGGCAUGGCGUUAGCGCGGGAACAGCCAUAUCUAUAAAAUCAGGGGAACCAGAGACUUCACUUCCAGCAAGCCUCAUUGUUAGACUGUGGAAACAACUGGGAAAUAAAUGCAGUUCAGGAUGAUUUCAGACUACUCUAUCUACGCCUUUUCAAUACUCACGUUUAUCAUUCUCAAGGCCUCCUACUCAAGCUCACAGCCCACACAAGCUGAGGCCGAGUAUCCGAUAUCGCCAGAUCUAGAUGACAGAAUCAACAAAAUAAAAUCGCUGUACUCAUUCCUCGACGACGAAGAAGAGUCCAUCCCCGAAAAAAGGAGGUCCCUUUUCAGAUUCGGUAAACGACGUUCCCUCUUUCGCUUUGGGAAGCGAGGAACCAUUCUGCGAUUUGGAAAACGACCGGCCUAUGACGCCUACCUUGAGGAUGAAUAUUUGCCCUACGCUGCUCCUGAUGUGUAUUAUCCAAACCAGCCAAAUAACUUAGAUAUUGCCGACAAACGGAGCUCUUUGUUUCGAUUUGGAAAGAAGUCCGUCGACAACGAUCUUAAAGACUAUGUAAGAUCUGAGAAGAAGAAAACUGGGGCACAUGUACCUUGGAGAUUCGGUCGGGAAGAAGACUACUAUUAUUCCAAAGAUUAAAAUCUUUUCAAAUACUAGCCACAUCGAUGUAGGCCUUUUCUCAUACCCAUGAUCUAGAAAGACAUUAUCAAAAUAGUUUUGUUUAUUAUAAUCAUAUCAAGUAAACCAUUGAAUUAAAUUGACGAAAAUAGCUUGGAAGAAACUAUGUAUACAAAGCAAUAACCUGAGAAAAGUUUAUAAAAGACAUUAA